CAGGGCCCCGCGCGCGGGUCCCUUUAAAUCGGACCGGCCGGUUGCCAGGCAACGGCGCGACCGGCGCUGGCGCUGCACUGCAGAGGCUCUGCCCCGGGCCGGCCCGGCCGGGUCGCGGUAGCCAGCGCCGAACCCAGGUCAUUUGCCCGCCGCUGGAGGCUGUCUUCGGGGAAGAGGGACUAGGGCCCACUGGACUCCACCCACGCCACCAGUUGAAUCUGGAGAAGGAGAACAGCGGCAACCAACAGAAGACCUUGGACUUCAGGAACUGAAUUGGAAGAGGUGCCUGAAGAAAUGGAUGCUAGGAGAAAACACUGGAAGGAGAAAAAGUUUGCUCCUCUUUUCAGUGCACAGGAUAUUCUAGACGAAGCUGCUCAGCUUGAAUCUUCUUCUGAACAAAUGAGUUUAGAUAAGGCCAAGAGAAUGGAAAGAAUAUUUAAUUUGUCUAGUAGAAAGUUUCUAGAAGAAAAUAAAUUUAAAAGGAAAGAAUUUAUUUCCCAACCAAAUGAAAAUGAGCAAGAAUCAAAUUUAAUAGAGAGAAAGAUAAACAUUUCAAAGACUGAGGCAGACACAAAGUCUGUCUCCUGUGAAUCAUCUAAUUUGGACAUUGCAACUGAAGAAAGCUUUAAUAGCACAGAAGAGCUUCCUACCUGGGGUACAAAGGAGUUAUCAACUCCACCACAAAAAGACAAGAAAAAGAAAUUCACUGAAGGAAUGUCUCCAAAACUUCGCCUGAAUCUUUUGAAUGAAGAGCUGGAAGUGCUUGAUUUGAAAUGCAGAAAAAUUGAAGAGGAAUUUGAAAGUGCAGAAAAAGAACUUUUGAACUCCAAAAAAGAAGUAUCCACAAAACCCCUAAAUUUUCAAGAACCAGGGGUGGAAACUUCCAAGAAAGACUGGGAGCUUCAAGCUUUAAGAAAUGACCUCUCUGAAAAAGCAACAAAUGUUAAAAACUUAACUGAAGAGCUCCAGCAAGCCAAAGAGGUCAUCCACAAGUUGAGCCUUGAGAACAAGGAUUUAAAAGAAGCUGUUAGGAAGUUAAAGCGGCAGACUGAGGUUGGAAAUGCAUUCCUAAAAGAAGAAAUGAAAUUGUAUUAUGAAUUAGAAAUGGAAAAAAUCCAUGGGGAGCUCAAUGCCAUCAAGAAUGAACUGAGAACAGAGAAGUCCCUACAAGCAAGAAAUAACAGAGCCCUGGAGUUGCUUAGAAAACACUUUGCUUGUGUAACACCGUCAGGUACCUCUGACAACUUUAUGGGGGAUUUUUUUUAAAACUUAAAGAAAAUUAAAUCCUUUCAUUGGGCAAA